AUGAACUUGACUGCAAUCUGUGAACGCAACUAUGAGCCCCAUCAGCGCGCCAGGUUGACUCAGGGGCCUGUUCCAUCCGUGCCUACGGUUGUAUGUCUGUCAUUGCGUCAAGUGCUCACCUGUGCGAACCUGCGAGGCCGCAAGCCAGCACGUCAACGUGCACAUUCGUGCGUUUUACUCACUGAUCGACUCAGUGGCAGACGAAAGAGGGAGCUCGGCCAAGUUGCCUCUCGAAUGAAGAUCGCCGAGCGUCUUGACAUCCUGUCGUUAUCGUUGUUACUUGAAGGUAAAGGCACAGAGGCCAAGCGACCCAGAGAUGGUGGCCAUGCCAACUUCUAUUCUAUUUGUCCAUCCAUCCACCCGUAUCCAGCUCUCUGUCCACGUAUAAUUGCCCUCAGUUUAGAUUCCGCCGCCUUAACUCUAGCCACAAUGACGCCAAUCCGACAUUGGUUGCAUUCUCCUCGUCUGUCCGUCUCUCUGCGAGUCUGUCUGCGUCGAGCUAUCCGAGUGUCGGCGCCCGGCUCUCGCCACGAUCGUCUCCACCAAUCCAUCCUCAGGGGCCUUGACACCAAAAGCGCGCAACUACGCGCCACUCGAACAAUCGAUACAGUGCGCACAAGCACACACACACACACACACACAUUUGAAUAC